UCGGAUCUCUACGCUGCCAGCAUGCCCUCCAGACUGAGGAAGACCAGGAAGCUGAGGGGACACGUCAGCCACGGCCAUGGUCGCAUCGGCAAGCACAGGAAGCAUCCCGGUGGCCGCGGCAAUGCUGGGGGCAAUCACCACCACAGGAUUAACUUUGACAAAUAUCAUCCUGGUUAUUUUGGGAAAGUUGGUAUGAGACACUACCACUUGAAGAAGAACCAGAACUUCUGCCCAACUGUUAAUCUGGAUAAACUGUGGACACUUGUUAGUGAACAGACAAGAGUGAACUAUGCAAAAAAUCAGGCUGGAUUAGCCCCGGUCAUUGAUGUUGUACGCUCGGGUUAUUACAAAGUCCUGGGCAAGGGGAAGCUGCCCAAACAGCCUGUAAUUGUGAAAGCAAAAUUCUUCAGUAGGAAAGCGGAGGAGAAGAUCAAAGAAGUUGGUGGAGCCUGUGUGCUUGUGGCAUAAAGGAUUUUUUAAAUCAAGUUUGAAUAAAGACUUUAUCAAAUGUC